AUGCUCUGCAAUUGUAGGAUUGUAUCGUUAAUAAUAGUUCUAUUGUUAUCAUCAAUCAAAUCAGAUGAAUUUAGUGAUUAUGAAAAUACUUUGUUGAACAACGAAGACACGCGCUAUGAUAAUAUCCCAAAUCAAAAUAGUAAUCAGCAUGGCAAGUGCAUUUCACAUAAUCUUGAAAAUGAGGCAAUUGAAGAGCGUGGGAUGAUCAUGAAGGAAGCUCAAACAUCAUUCAUUCCAUAUUGUCGUCAUGAGAAUUUGGCAAAUAAUGGACAAGACUUGAAAUUUGAUCCAUUGCUGUCGGAUUUAAAGAAGAGAAAUAGGAGAAUGGCUGACGUGAUAAAUGCAUUGCACUUUGAAAGCAUGCACACUCUGACACCUGAUCAGAUUCGGUCAUCACAAGCAAAUAUAAUGAAGCGAUACAUGGACACAACGGUUAAUCCUUGCAAUGACUUUUAUUCGUACGCUUGUGGCAAUUGGGCAAAACAUAACUCCAUACCGUCUGAUAAAAUCGCUUACGACACAUUUGAAAUAUUGAGGGAGUCACUUGACAAGGCACUUAAAGAUCUAUUAUCAGAUGAAAAAGAAGAAAGGAAGAAGAUUAAGAGAAAUAAGAGAACGCAUGACAAGCGAUUACGUCGUCAUGAGAAAAAUGCAGAAAUGAAGGCAAAGAAUCUCUUCCAAUCAUGUAUGAAUUAUGAUCAAAUUGAAAAGCGGAAUAUUGAGCCAUUGAAAGAAUUAUUGGAGUCACUAGGUGGAUGGCCUUUACUUGAUAAAAAUUGGGAUGAAAAAAAUUUCGAUUGGUUGGAACUUGUUGCAAAUUUAAGAAGAUUCAAUAAUGAUAUACUGAUUAUGCAAUAUGUUGGUGCUGAUAUCCACAACUCUAACCUUAAUGUGAUUCAAUUUGAUCAAACUACUCUCGGAUUACCAACAAGGGACUACUUUUUGAAGACUGUUAAUGAAAAGUACCUAAAUUCUUACAGAAAUUUCAUUACACAGACAAUAAAUUUACUCGGUGUUGAGCAUUUCGAGGCAAAGGAUCGAGCUGAUGAAAUUAUUGAGUUUGAAACAAAUCUUGCGAAGAUCAUGAGUGCACAAGAGGAUCGAACGAAUAUUUCUGAAUUAUACCACAACAUAACUUUAGCUGAGCUAUCAAAAGAAAUUCCUGGUAUCGACUGGAUUCGAUAUUUAACUAUUGUACAGGAACGAGUUGUGGAUAGCAAUGAGGUUGUCAUUAUGUUUGCUAAGCACUAUAUGCAGGAGCUUGUGAAAUUGAUAGACAACACAGAACCGGCAAAUGUUGCAAAUUACUUAGUAUGGAGAUUUGUAAGGCACAGAAUCAAUAACUUGGACAAUAGGUUCUUAGAAGUCAAACAGAAGUUCUAUCAGGAAUGCUUUGGACGAGAGAAAUCACCAGAGAGAUGGAAACAGUGCAUUUCGCAAGUGAACAGUAACAUGGGCAUGGCCGUAGGUGCUCUUUUCGUUCGUAAAUAUUUUGACGAGAAUUCUAAACUAGACACACUGACAAUGGUACGUGAACUUCAAAUAAGCUUCAGAGAGAUUUUAAAUGAAACAGACUGGAUUGAUGAAGUGACAAAAACGACUACAAUUAAGAAACUCGACAAUAUGUCUUUGAAAAUUGGUUUUCCGGAUUUUAUAAUUUCUAGGCAUAAAUUAGACGAGAAAUAUUCAGCGCUGCAUAUUCAUCCAGACAAAUAUUUCGAAAAUACUCUGAAUGUUUUGAAAUAUAUAAAUAAAGAGGAACAGAAGAAGGUCGGACAACAUGUCAAUAAGACAAUUUGGCAAACAUAUCCAGCCAUUGUUAAUGCCUUUUAUUCGCGUAGCAAAAAUCAAAUCAUGUUCCCAGCGGGAAUUCUCCAACCACCGUUCUAUCAUCGAUAUUUCCCAAAAAGUAUUAAUUAUGGUGGAAUUGGCGUUGUGAUUGGACAUGAAUGCACUCAUGGCUUUGACGAUAAAGGUCGUCUCUUUGAUAAAGAUGGAAAUUUAAACAAAGUCUGGUCCGAUUACUCAAUAAAACAGUUUCGAGAGAAGGCGAAGUGUUUAAUAAAACAAUUUAAUAAAUAUACAUUGACUGAGAUAGGACAAUCGAUUGACGGGGAAACGACGCAAGGAGAAAACAUAGCAGAUGGUGGUGGAUUGAAUCAAGCAUAUCGUGCGUACACGCGUUGGUUAAACAAUCAAAGAGAUCCAAAAGUUCUCGAGCAUGAAGUCUUUCCAGAACUAAAUCUGACGAGUAAACAGCUGUUUUUCCUUAAUUUUGGCCAAGUCUGGUGUGGAGAAAUCCGUGAAGAAGCGAAUAAAAAUAAAAUGAAGACCGCAGUUCAUUCACCUGGACGAUUUAGAGUGAUAGGCGCAUUAUCGAACUUCGAUGAAUUUUCCAAAGAAUUUAACUGCCCCAUUGGCAGUCCAAUGAAUCCACAAAAUAAAUGCAAAGUAUGGUAA